CAAGGUCAAUUAUUUGUUUGUUGUUAGUUAAAGUAAUGGGAUGUGCAAAUGUUGGCUAUCUAUAGAAAACGGGUUUAGUUUGCUAGCUAACUAGUACAUUAUUGUCUAGCUUGCAUACAGAUAUCAACCUUUUAGCUACGUUGUAAGCGCUUAGUAUAUAUUCUAGGCAUGGACACUAUCUAACGUUAGCGUCAAACUUAUUAGCUAGUUAACAGUAGCUUGUUUCAGUGGCUUUUUUUCUUUUCUUUGCAAACUAGCUAUGGAUAACAUUAUUGAUCCAGCAUCGGAACAAGGUCUCCCUCUGUUCUCCUUGCGUCUCCUGGUUCCACCUCUACGCCUGAUGUCCGCUUUCAUGUGGCAAGUGGUUCAACAGCGUAAUGUGAUGCAGUAUGGGAAGCUGGAGGAGUUUGUGACUUUGGUGACAGAGAUGGUUCCAGAGCUGCUGAGCUCCAGGCAGAGGACCCAACUCAUCCUGGGACUUAGAGCAAGGCUGGUUUUAGAGUUGUGUCGCAGUGAGGGCACAGCUGACUUCCUGACCAUCCAGGCCCACCUGGACAUAAUCCACACUUUGACAGAAAAAUCCUUACACAAAGAGAGUCAUGGUGAUGAAUUGGAGGCUUCAGAUUCUAACUUUGUGGUGCUGGUUCAAACCCUGCUGGAAGACCCUUCUGAGAGGGAGCAUUUCUUCAAGUCUACUUCACAGGAGGUGUUCCCAGUCCACUAUGGCCCUCGGUAUGACACAGCGCUGCAGACACUGGUGUGGGAGUUCCUCUCCAGACUGGAGGAGCUGCUGCCUGUACCAGACCUUGCACAGACAACAGCAUGGCUCGGUGCUGCCCCCUCUGUCCUGGAGGAAUGUAGACAGACUGUCUUUGACCCUGAACAACUGAAGACAGUGAUGCAGCACCAUCAGCGUCAUGGAAACCUGAACAAUAGUCAUGUCUCUAAAUACACUGCAGAUACCAUCCUGUCCACACUGUCCCUCCCUCCAAUAGUCAGAGUUGUUAUUAACAAUGAGCCGGACAACUCUGACAAUGUGAAGCCAUGCUCAGAUGAAGAUGAAUGCAUAGAUAAUGGGGUAGAGGUCUGGGAAUAUGAAGACAACAAUGAAAUCCUGGAUGGUGACACUGAUAGAUAUUUGGAGGAUCUAGGACUGUCAACAUCAGAGCAACAGGAGGGUCUAUCACCUACAGAGACCUCAGCGUUGGUUACUCCAGGACCCUGUGAUGAAUUGAACUUGGAUCAUUCUCUCAACGUAGUGGUGAAUGCUGACGAACCAUCCCAGGUUCUUACCUGCACCCUCUCUCCAUUCUCUCACAGUGAAAUGGCCAACCUCUGCAAGGACAUCAAGAUAAACCAAGUAGAAAAGGACAGCAAACAGGUUGACAAGAAAAAAAAGGUGGUCAGAAAGGGGAACAAAAAGAGGGUCAUCAAAAAAAGGGUGAUCAAAAGGAGAGUGAUCAAAAAGAGGGUGAUCAAACAGGUUGACAAGAAAAAAGGAUCCCCUGCACCCCAAAACAGGACUCAUACAUGUGAGUGUGGGAAGGUUUUCAAAAAACCAUCACUGCUGACGCUACAUAUGGGAGUUCACACGAUGCCAUAUCAUUGUGGCCAGUGUCCCAAACGAUAUGCUACUCCUGGGGCACUGAAAAAACACCAGCUACUUCACACAGAAGAAAGGCCAUUCGCAUGUGAACACUGUGACCGGAGGUACAGGAGUGCUUAUGAUCUCAAAGUGCACAUACGCAGUCACUCUGGGGAGCGCCGUCACAUGUGUAUUAUCUGUGGUAAGAGGUUUACCCAGCAGUGUACACUAGUGAGACACAUGCGAAUGCAUGCUGGGGAGAAGAAUUAUUUAUGUAGCAUAUGUGGUAAGGUAUUCCUUAGCUCAGGAGAAGUGCGGCUCCAUACACGAACACACACAGGAGAAAACCCCCACACCUGUAAACAUUGUGGAAAGGGUUUCAAAGCAUCUUGCCAUCUUACGGUUCAUCUGCGCUCUCACACAGGCGAGCGUCCUUACACCUGCACCCAAUGCCCAAAAUCUUUCACUACCUCAGACUCCCUGAGAACGCACAUGUAUACUCACACUGGGGAGAAACCUCACCAGUGCUCAGAGUGUGGGAAAACAUUUACUCAAAGGGGUAAUAUGGUAAAUCAUAUGAGAAGAGUUCAUAGACUGUUUAAGAUUCUCUAAAAGCACUCCAACAGAAAGACAGACAAAGUCUCAUAAAAAAUGUUGAGAUCGAAAUAAACUUUGUAGGAGUUCAUUCGAAUCUAAAUACUAGAAGUAUUGAGACAAGAAAUUGCAUGUAUAAUCCUGUUUUAAAUACAUUACUUUACAGGUCCUCUUUUGUAUAUCAGAUUAUCAUACCAAAACAUGUUUAUCAAUAAACUUCUUCAGGUUUGUCACGUCUACACCUGAUAUUCGAAACUGCAAAUAACAGUAAUGAUUUUAGAAGCGGAAUUAUGGUUGACAUUGACCCAAUGACAUUGACCAGUAAACGCUGCACAUGUCGGCUCAAUCGGAAAUAACCUUUAAAUUUGAACACAGAUCUUCUGUGAUACGGAUUGAAUCCAGCCAUAGUCUAUACAUUUCUCUCCCAGAUCUGCAAAACCAGUGGUGCAGAGAGUUUGAGGUCCAGGGUUCAAAUCCAUAUUUUCUUGUGUUGAGUUAUUGAAACAUACAAUAUGACUCAACAAAUCUGCCAAUCCUUAAGUGGCGCAUUAGGAUUGUUCAAGACACAGAAUCAUGUGUGGACAGACAAGAUCGUAGCUUCUAAUACUGUCAGUUCCUCAUUUAUUUACAUUAGGUAAUAUCAUUAAUUGAGUGAGUCAGCUAUGCCAUAAUAUUAGUGUUGCAGGACAACAAAAUAAGUUAUUGCAGUCCAUAAAUUCAAAUAUUGUCUUUUCAUAUUUUGAGUUGAAAUCAGCUACAACAGAAACAAACACAAGAAAGUUGGCGGAGUUUCCUUCCAAUCAUUUACUCUUUGGGCUGGUUUCCCGGACAUAUCAUCAGCCUAGUCCUAGACUAAAAAGUAUGUUCACGGGAGAUUCUCCAUUUAACGUGCUUCUCAAUCCAAAACUAGGUUUAAGGCUGGAUUUAAUCCGUAUCGUUGAAGAACUCCGCCACAGAGUUUCUAAAUCCAGAGGCGCAACAUCGAGAGACUUCCGGGAACGCUUGCGAAGCAGACCAGGCCGGGG